UCCAAAUGUCGAUAGGUUUCUCUGUUUAUUAUUUGUUGCACUGAGGUAUUUUCUCAAGCUGAUAUUUUCCACAAUUUUCUCACAAUGUCCAAGCGAUGCUGUGCCAGUACCUGUUUCAAUUCACAAGUGAAUGAUAAAUCAGGCAAAAUUUCCUACUUUGGCGUCCCCAAAUACGAGGAAUAUGCCACUAAAUGGUUAACAGCAGCCGGAAGGGAGGAUUUGCUGUCCAAACCUCUGCUGAAGCUGGUCAAAUACUUCAUCUGCUCAGAUCACUUUGAGGCAGACUGCUUCCUUCCCGGAUCCAAAAGAUCAGUCCUGAAGAAGCAAAUGCACCCCUUGGAGAUCCCUGUUCCCACAAUCUUCAAAUCAAAUAUAGAUAAAUUUGUCCCAAAAGGUCUUCUCACAAAUCCCCAGGAUGAAUCCUUCCAGGAUCAGCCCAGCACGCCGAGUGACUCAAAAGCCACCAACUCGCCGCCCAAAAUAAAAAUUCUCAAUCAAACAAUAUUCAGGACUGAUGUAACUUACGACGAACUGGAACCAAUCGAAGCGUCUGACUUCGAAAUCCUGGAGGAAUGUUUGGAAACAAAUGAAGAUGAAGAUCCUGAGACUGGCAGACAAGCCUAUUUUGCCAAUCUCUGUCGCCUGUGCAGCCAAAAGGUGGAUCCCAAUGAGAAUUUCAGGCUAGUUCCGAUUUUCAAAAGGAAAGACAUCGUGGAUAUGCUCAAUGUUAUCUUGCCGAAUGUGAUCCAGGAGGAUGAUGGAUGGCCACAGGAUAUUUGUGACUUGUGUUUAGAAAAAGUUAAAUUAUGCUACAGCCUUGUAAGCUCCUUCAUUGAGGCUCAGGACAAUUUUCUCAACGUCAGUUGAAAAGUCUUCGAGGAUUUUGCCGGAAAGGGGAUGAUCUCAGAGGGUAAUGUACACUUCCUGACCAUUUUUUCAUUAAUCCUUCAUUUGAACUAUUAAAUCAUUUUACA